AUGGUGCAUGUGACGAGCUGGCCUGUGCUGGCUCGGGAGGUCAACGAGGGCCAGCCUUUGCCGGUUUUCUGGGCCGCAUAUGGCCUCCCCUCAGACUCUCGCCCGCCACCCGUCGGCACGGCCGCCGAUUUUUCAAACCUGUCUUUCGCGGCCAUUGCCGCCGCCGGCAACUCAUCGAGAACGAGCUCCCUCACAAGUUGGGGUACAUAUGCGGUCAGCCCUGUCGGCGUCGCCCGACAGAAUAACGACCCUCUGUCGCGGACAUGA